GAGAGUUAGCCUACUGACUAGUCAACUGAUUGCUAUCAAGUUUGAACUAAAAGAAAAAAUGAGUUUGUUCCAUUUUAAGAGAAAAUAUCAAGCCAUGCUGGAAGACGGUGAAGGCGAAACGAGCAAUCCUGUUAAAAAGGAAAAUAACCCUCACCCUGAUCCCAAGCCUACCGUAGAUGAAGCAAGUAAUGCUCAAGCUAAUGUAGAGCCUAAUCCCCAUCCUAGGGACCUAAUGGCUAAAAACGAGUUUUUGGAUGUCCUUCGAUUAGUUAAAAGGGAACAAUCAGAGUUAGAAAAAAUUGCCAACGACAAAAUAAAGAUGAAGAGGAUAUUAAGUAUGGAAAUAGAAUCCCUCCAAAAACAAUUGAAGGAGAUGAAAAGGACCCGUAAAGUCAGAGCCUGUAGCUUGAAGGCAUCUAAAUGAACACACUGUGCUUGGAGAGUUUAAAACAAGACUGGAUGAAUGUAAUAAGCUAGAAAAAGAGAGUAAAAUCAACGUAAUAACCAGGCUAUUAGGGGAAAAUGUUGAAAUCUCUCGUGAAAUACGGGGACUCCUGGUUGAUUCCGAAAAAGUGUGCAAGGAAUCAGAAGUCUAUAAGAAAAAAGUAAAAUUAUUGUUGAAGAAAUACAAACAUCCAAAGAAACUUAAAAAAAGAAAGAGCAGGCCUAUUGAGUCAAGUCAAGACUUGAAUAAGGGACAGUCUGUGUGCCUUAAUAAGCUAGAAACAAGUGUUAAAAUAAUUUAGUCUUGUAUUUAUUACUCAUAAAAAUAUGAAUAGUUUAAAAUUUUGUUUUAGUAAAUAAUGAUUUAAAUUUAUAGUGAUUAAUACAUUUUAAAUGACAUUUUUUACUGUACCUUGUAGUAAUAGAUUUACUAAACAAAUAGGCCAUUUAAAGGAUAACAACCUACAGGUUAGUUUUGUAU